AUGGCAAACUCUUUCACCCGCAUGAUCACCGGCCGCAACACAGCCAUGAUAAUGGCCAUGGGAGCAGGCACUUUGGCAUCUACAUUUUUCCUCAGUGAUAACACUGCUGCAGCUGAAAGGAGGAGGUUUUAUCCCCCCAGUGCUGAUUAUCCAGACCUAAGAAAGCACAACAACUGCAUGGCUUCAGCCAUGACCCCAACCAUUUAUGCCCGCCUGAGGGACAAGGUAACACCCAACAACUGGACCCUGGACCAGUGCAUCCAGACAGGGGUGGACAACCCAGGGCACCCCUUCAUUAAGACUGUUGGCAUGGUGGCUGGGGAUGAAGAAAGCUACGAGGUUUUUGCUGAGCUCUUUGACCCUGUCAUUAAGGACAGACAUAAUGGAUACGAUCCUCACACAAUGAAGCACCCCACUGAUCUGGAUGCUUCUAAGAUCACCUCAGGAGUGUUUGAUGAGCGCUACGUGUUGUCAUCUCGUGUGCGCACUGGACGCAGCAUUCGUGGACUGAGCCUUCCACCUGCAUGCACACGGUCUGAGCGCCGUGAGGUGGAGCGUGUGGUUGUCACAGCUCUUUCUGGCCUGAAAGAAGACUUAGCUGGUCGAUACUACAGCCUGGGGGAGAUGACUGAUGCAGAGCAACAGCGACUAAUAGAUGAGCACUUCCUGUUUGAUAAACCUGUAUCACCGUUGCUCACUGCAGCAGGGAUGGCCAGAGACUGGCCUGAUGCUCGUGGUAUCUGGCACAACAAUGAGAAAAAUUUCUUGAUCUGGAUUAAUGAGGAGGAUCACACCAGGAUCAUAUCCAUGGAGAAGGGAGGAAAUAUGAAGCGAGUGUUUGAAAGGUUUUGCAGAGGCCUUAAACAGGUGGAGCAUCUUAUUCAAGAGAGAGGAUGGGAGUUCAUGUGGAACGAACGUUUGGGAUACAUCCUGACCUGCCCUUCUAACCUCGGCACGGGGCUCAGGGCUGGUGUGCACAUUCGCCUGCCACUUCUCAGCAAGGACGCCCGCUUUAAAAAAAUCCUUGAGAAUCUGAGACUACAGAAGCGAGGAACAGGGGGAGUGGACACUGCUGCCACUGGAGACACCUUCGACAUCUCCAACCUCGACCGUCUGGGAAAAUCAGAGGUCGAGCUGGUACAGUUAGUAAUUGAUGGCGUCAACUACCUUAUUGAGUGUGAGAAGAGACUUGAGAGAGGUCAGGACAUCAAGAUCCCUUCCCCAAUCUCUCAGUUCAGGAAGUAAACAUCUCCC